UAAAUUCCUGCAACAUUUAUUAUAAGACGUGAUCUGGCCGUAUUGCCUCCGCUUACUCGGUCCAAGGAGGCAGGAGCCAUUAACUAAAAAGUUGAACAUAACUAAGCUAAAUGAUCGUUCUGUACCUACUUCAAAUAGCAUAAAAUAGUCGUUAAUAACUGUUUUCCAUAUUAUUACGACUACAUUCAGAAUGUCUUUUCCAAACAAAGAAGAUCGUACAAAGUGCUGGAGUUGCAGGGACGAAUAUUGGCAAUGCCUUGAUGAAGGCAAAUCUCAAACGGAAUGUAUAGAAUUUAGGAAACAAUAUGAAAAAUUUUGCCCAUCUCAAUGGGAUUUGUCUUGGUGGUGGGAUGCAAAGUUCUGAAAAAUCAGAUUUGCCGAAGCAGUUCAAUAAGAAAAGCCAAGCAGCACUUGAUUUUCAAGUGGUAGAUAAAAACUUACAUAACUAAAGACAUUACUUUAACAUUAUCCAAUAUUACGAAAUAGAAACUCACAAAAAAAAAACAAA